UUCUCUAUCAUGAGCGGUUUUCGGUUUUUGAAUCUUGUCCGUCCUUUCCUGCCCAUCCUUCCAGAGGUCUCCUCGCCCGAUCGCAAAGUUCCAUUCAACCAAAAAGUAUUAUGGACGGCUGUUAGUCUUUUAAUUUUCUUGGUGUGCUCCCAAGUACCCCUCUAUGGAAUCAUGUCGUCGGACUCAUCGGACCCUCUGUACUGGUUGCGAACCAUCCUUGCCUCGAACCGUGGAACCUUAAUGGAAUUGGGCAUCAGUCCUAUCGUCACAUCUGGAAUGAUCAUGCAACUACUUGCCGGUGCGAACUUGAUUGAGGUCGAUUUCAGCUUGAAGGAGGAUCGUGCUUUGUUUUCGGGCGCGCAGAAACUUUUCGCUCUCAUCAUCUCGUUCGGCCAAGCGACCGUGCAUGUUCUCACAGGUCUAUACGGUCAACCAAAGGACCUCGGCGCAGGCGUCUGUCUUCUCCUCAUGAUCCAAUUAGUUGUCGCUGCCCUCAUUGUCAUUCUCCUCGAUGAGCUCUUACAAAAAGGCUACGGUCUUGGAUCCGGUAUCUCGCUCUUCAUUGCCACCAACAUCUGUGAAUCUAUCGUUUGGAAAGCCUUCUCGCCUACUACUGUCAACACGGGACGUGGCCCAGAAUUUGAAGGUGCUAUUGUCGCGCUGUUUCACCUUUUGUUCACCUGGAAUGAUAAGGGUCGUGCGCUGCGUGAGGCUUUCUGGAGAGAUCGCCUCCCCAAUGUUAUGAACCUCAUCGCCACCAUUAUUGUCUUCGCCGCUGUCAUUUAUCUUCAAGGUUUCAGGAUUGAAAUUCCUGUCAAGAGCAACCGAUUCCGCGGUCAACGUGGCUCCUAUCCCGUUAAAUUAUUUUACACUUCAAACAUGCCUAUCAUGUUGGAGUCCGCGUUGACGUCAAAUGUCUUCAUCAUCUCGCAGAUGCUCGCCUCUAGGUUCCCUAGUAACUUCUUCGUAAAGCUUUUGGGUGUUUGGGAGCCCCUGGAAAACUCACCUCAACUUGCAGCCACCUCCGGCAUCGCGUAUUACAUGUCCCCGCCUCAUGACUUGAAAGAGGCUAUCCUCGAUCCUAUCCAUACCGCCGUCUACAUCACCUUCAUGCUUUCUGCCUGUGCGCUGUUCUCCAAGACAUGGAUAGAAGUAUCCGGCUCCGGGCCCCGAGAUGUCGCCAAACAGCUCAAGGAUCAACAAAUGGUUAUGGCUGGUCACCGAGAGGGCUCUAUGUACAAGGAGCUGAAACGUGUCAUCCCCACCGCCGCUGCAUUCGGUGGCGCUAUUCUUGGUCUUCUAUCUGUUGCUGCCGAUUUAAUGGGUGCGAUUGGAAGUGGAACUGGUAUUCUGAUGGCCGUCACCAUUAUCUAUAGCUACUGGGAGACAGGUAUGAGGGAAUCCGGAGGCCCGGAAAUGGCUGCUCUCGGAGAUCUGCUGUAAUUUUAUCGUAGUAGUGAAUGGAGUAAAAAUGAGAAUGGGCGCUCCUACAGAAAGUUCGUUAUUACCCGGGCGUGGAACUUGGUCUUUUACGGGCGUUUCCUUUGUAAAAUUGCGUGAUUUCUGACCACAGACUGAUGACCUAAUACUUUGUCAUGUCAUUGAGAUCAUCAGUUGCUCGC